AGCCUAACAAGAAAAAAAGGGACAAGACCACCCAACCAAUGACCAAGGAGCCGGUGAAUCUAAUUAUCAAUACUGCGAGAUCGGAUCUUUCUUCUCUUUCGCUUCAACAGAGAUCUAUCUCGUCUUCGAUCUUUGUGCGAGGCCAUCGGAUCUCUGUCUCCUCCUCUCUCUACCAAUCUCUGCUUCAACUCCAGGCAUUGUUGGGGUCUCUGGAUUUGUUGAAUGCAGUGGGUGGAGUUUGGAGUGAUUUUGGGUUCUAGACUUCUCCAAUGCACCUAGUAAUGUGAUGUGGAUUUUGGAAUUUAAUAUAAUAAGAAUAAGAUUGUGAAGUGUUUUCUGGGUUCUUUUUGGUUAUAUCGCUCAGGCUAUUGUCUGAUUUGAUGGGUAGAUUGGGGUUCAGAUGGCUCUAACUAAGAGCAGGGAAGGAGAUGGUAGAAAGUGAUUUAGAAAUAGAAGAAGUUUCAUACAAGGGGAUUAACUAUACUCAGACUGGAAACCAAGGGCCAGUUCUGCGCAGGGAGCCCUCAUUCUCACGCUGGUGUGAUGAAGAUGGGAUAAUUUGUUCAGGUUGUCAAUUAGACAAUGCAGAAGCAGGUUCAGAAGACUCUGAUUUUGAAUUGCCUUUGCUUCAACAGGGUGAACUAGAAAAUAGUGUUUCAGACAAGGAGAGGUACCAAUAUAGUAAGUUUGAGAAGAGAACUAUGCAAUUGAAUGGUGGUAACACAAUGGAUGGUUCUUCUAUUCAUGUUAGGGGAAAUGGAAAUGAGAAGUAUGUGCCCUUUGAUAUUGAAGAUAAACCUGAAAGAGAGAUAGACUUCUCAAAUAUUGGUGUGGAUGGCUCUAAUUCUAACGGAAACCAUGAAAUGUCGUCGCCAAAUUCCAAUAACUCUAUUGAUGUUGUUAGUUUGCUGAAGACAUUGUUUUUUAUUCUUGUUUGGUAUACUUUCAGCACAAUCUUGACACUGUACAAUAAAACACUGCUAGGAGAUGAUUUGGGAAGGUUCCCUGCUCCUUUAUUGAUGAAUACUGUGCACUUUCUAAUGCAAGCAAUUUUAUCAAAAGCCAUCACAUGCUUUUGGUCUCAAAGAUUUCAACCUAGCGUGACUAUGUCUUGGAGAGACUACUUUGUGAGGGUUGUACCAACAGCUCUUGGAACAGCAUUGGAUAUUAACUUGAGCAAUGCAUCCCUUGUUUUCAUCUCUGUUACAUUUGCAACUAUGUGUAAAUCUGCUUCUCCCAUAUUUCUCCUUAUAUUUGCUUUUGCAUUCAGGUUGGAAUCUCCCAGCAUUAAACUUCUAGGUAUUAUGAUGAUUAUCUCCAUUGGAAUUUUAUUAACAGUUGCAAAAGAGACAGAGUUUGAGAUUUGGGGUUUCAUUUUUGUUAUGCUUGCUGCUGUUAUGUCUGGGUUCCGCUGGUCCAUGACUCAGAUUCUUCUGCAGAAAGAAGCCUAUGGUUUGAAAAAUCCACUUACAUUGAUGAGCUAUGUGGCUCCAGUGAUGACUGUGGCUACCGCUCUACUUUCUCUUCUAAUGGACCCGUGGUAUGAAUUUAAAACGAACAAUUACUUCAAUAGUUCAUGGCAUGUCAUACGGAGCUGCUUGCUGAUGCUAAUUGGUGGAACUCUGGCCUUCUUUAUGGUUUUGACAGAAUACAUUCUUGUCUCAGUAACUAGUGCUGUAACAGUGACUAUAGCAGGGGUUGUCAAGGAGGCUGUCACUAUUUUGGUUGCAGUCUUUUACUUCCAUGAUCAGUUUACCUGGUUGAAGGGGGUUGGUCUAUUCACAAUCAUGGUUGGUGUUAGUUUAUUCAACUGGUACAAAUAUCUAAAGCUACAGACGGGCCACAGCAAUGAAGUUGACAUGGGUGAUACUGCUGGUGAUAUUGCUGGCUCACUCAAAUCAAAUAUUAAUGCAAGAUAUGUUAUUCUUGAGGAGGUGGAUGAGCAAGAGGAUAGCACUUGAAAGCCCUGGUUGACAAACCAUUUGAACUCAAUGAGUUUAAGUUUGAUUGAUGAAGCUUGUAAGGUGUCUUAUUUCCAGCUAGUCUCUGAAUUAAACAAUCCUGUGCUCUCUGAGCUAUGCCUUCGGUGUUUUGGAGUUCUUCUGUUGGAUCCAUGGCAGGAAUUUUUGUAGAUUAAAGAGUCAAGCCAAUAAUUUCUUGACUUCUAGCACAAGGUAAGCAGAAAAAAAAGGGGGAAAAAAACUGUGGUGUGGGAAGUUUCCUCAAGCUUUCGGCUGAUGUAAUAUUUGUAUUCGGUAUUAAGUAUGCUUCUUGAUUCCAAAAAUUGUCAUUAUUGAUUCAAUUUUUCGAUUAAUUUUUUCAUUGAUAUUGAGAUAUUGAAGAUGUAAAUGAGCACAAGAAGCUAUAAUAGAUAUCUUCUUCUUGGUGUUUCAAAUAUCAAUGUUUUGUUGGGUUGUGUUUUU